UGAUCACAGCCGACCCGAGAGUGUCCAUGAAUGAAGGUGACACCAUUAUUUGUGUUUAAUCUGCUGAUUUGUGACUAAUGAGAUUUACAGCACGUUUGAUCCGGGAUCUCCUGCAGAGCUGCUGACCGCCUGCAUUUCAAUGGGAUCCUGCUGAGCGAUUUAUCAUUGAGUUUAUUUCUGAGCAUCAUGCAGGUGAUGGCUCAGCUUCGUUUCUGUCAGAGUUGUUUGUUGUACUGUAAAAGUUCUCAGAGGCUGUUCUCACUCUGUAAUGCGCAGAGAUCAUCAGCCAAUUACUAUGAACUUCUCGGGGUGAAACCGGACGCUACGCUGGAACAAAUUAAGAAUGCGUUUUUCGACAAGUCCAAAAAGUUGCACCCAGACAGUGACCCCUCCAACCCCGGCCUGCACACUCAGUUUGUGCAUCUGAACGAGGCGUACAGGGUGCUGAGCAGAGACGUUUCCAGACGGGACUAUGACCUCAAGCUGAGGUACCAGAAGUCUGGAGGUCCGUCCUUCAGAACCUCCUCCAGCUCCACCAACAGCCCCAGUGCGGAGGCUACGGAGAGCAUGCGGUAUUGGGAGCAGUUCAGACAGGCCCAGCCUCAGGAGAACACGGCUGAGGAGCGGGAAAAGAAAAGGAAACGGAACAAGCGUUUGGUGGGCUAUUGCGUCUUCACCAUGCUAAUCAGUCUCUCCGCACAUUACUUUGGGUUCAGGAAACUGGAAGAGGUCCAUAAUAACUUCAUGGAUGAGAAGGACAGAGUCAUCAGUGAGAUCUACAAUGAAUCCAAAGAAAGAGCCAGAGUGAAUGGCUUUAAGAAGCAGCAGGAGAUCCUGAGACAGAAACAUGCCGAGUUCCUAGAGAAAUACAAGAUCCGCAGUAAUGGAGAAGAGAAGUAAAGCAAGGAAAAGACCGAGCUACAGGAAGCUCAUCAUCGCAGAGGGUUAUGGAGAGAGUGCAGGUUGUGGGUGAAUGUGAAUUGUAUUUUGUGUCAAUAGUUUUUAUACAUUUUUCUAGGGUCACAUUGUGUCAGAUCCACGAAUAAGGUUCUCAGACGCUCACUGCGUGUUUCAAAAUGGUAUCUUUUUUUUUUAUUUUUUUUUUACAUGCAGGAAUAUUUCCUGGCCUGUUCUUUCACCCAACUCUGUCAGAUAAGGUCACAGAGGGUGCAAGAGAAAUUAGGCUGAUUAUAGGAGACCAUGGCUCCUCAUCAGGUGUUGAAAACACCUGUACAUUUACUGUAUUGCCUGCAUGUUAGGCGACAUUGUAACUGCACCUGGAAAGGGUGUUAUGGAAACAUUGCAUUCCUGAUAAAGUAGUUCAUCAAAACACUGAAAACACUGUACAUUGUGCACUUUGUUAAGCUCAGUGUGUGUGUGUGUGUGUGUGUGUGUAUGUGUCACAGAGUUUCUCAUGGAAGAAUGUUCUAAAGAUGGACAGAUCAGUGCUGUCCAGUGUGACUUAUUUCAGGUAAAUGCAACAUCAGAUUUUCUUUCUUGAACAAGAAGUAAAUGGUGCUUUGACAAAUGAUGAGACGUUUCUUUCCCCCAUGUAAAAGAUAUAGUCUGCAUAUCAAAUGCAUUUCCUCCAAGUUAUUAUAUAAGAACUAUAUAACAAGAUUAUAUUAAACAAUUCCUUUAUCCUGGAUUCAAACCCUGGCUGUCACAAGGCAUGGCUCUGCAAAUGAAGUCUUCUUAGAUAUCCAUGUCAUUGCCUUAUUUAAAGACUGGAUUUCUGGGAUGUUUGUUUUUUUAGGGUUUGACAUUUAAUGUAAAUUCUGCAAUAGUCAGUAACUUUAAAUUACCAGAGCACCUUCAUUAAUAAAAAUGAAAUAUUGAUUAUGUGUGGAAUAACUCUAAUGCAAGCCUUAAUGUCAUUGUGUUUGUAGCAAUGAAUAAUUAAAGACGAUAUGGAUCUCAAUUAUGUAA